AUGGCUCAUAAGUGUCAUUUGUGUCUGCUGGGGCUGAUCGCUCUCUCUUCACAUCUCACAGGUUCCAGUGGAGAGGAUGAGACUCAUGUGUUCAUCAGUUCUGGUGAAAAUGUCCGUCUGCCCUGUAAUAAUGCUCUUCAUGACUGCAAAUCAACUACAUGGAACUGUAACAGACAUUCAGCAGCAGUUGAACUGAUUGCUAGAGGGAUAAUUAUGAAACAUAUCGAGAGUCAUGAGAGACUGAGUCUGGGGUCUGACUGCUCUCUGAACAUCAGGAACAUCUCAAAAGAAGAUUAUGGAUCCUACAGCUGCAGACAAUAUGAGAAUGACAAACAACAAGGAACUGAUUCUCGUGUUUUUCUGCAUGUUCUUCAUGUCUCAUCCUCACAGACUGAGAUCAGUGCAGGCCGCUCAAUGACUCUCUCCUGUCUGCUGUAUUCAUAUGCUGUAGUCUCUUGUGGUGAUUGGAUCCGUUCUGAGAGAAUUGAGCUGUUCUGGGUGAAUCAGGCUGGUGUUAAACUGAGGAGAUCAGACUCCAGAUAUCAGAUAUCAGCUCCAGGACACUGUAUCAGCUCUCUAACUACAACACUCCUGAAUGAAGAUCACAACAGAGAGUGGAGAUGCAAUGUUACUCAGAGCGAUCAAGUCAAGACCUCAGUCACUUAUACUGUCAAGAGUUCAGCAUGGAUCGUUUCCAUGAAUUAA